AAAUAUCGCUUGAGCGUACAUAGCUUUCGAGACUUGUACAGUUUUUGAUUACAUUCGUUCUGUGCGGGAAAAGUGUAGGGCGUUUUCGACACCAAUUAUAGCUGCUCUUGGUGAAAAAGAGGAAGAAAGUGCGGAAAAAUGCAAUUAGACAAUUCCAAGAUUACUGCACUAAAUGCCCAUACCUACUUGGGAUUUCAUUUAGUGAAAAAUAUUGGAAAAUGUUAUAUGAACGUAGAUCCAAAAGACAACUUCAUGAAAUAUAGUGCCUUAUGUCUUCCGAGACUUAUAUGUUAGUUACUUACAGCAAAAGACAAAACAUGGAGAAUAAGGACUUUAAGACGAAGUAAGUCCACUAAGUCUGAUGAUUUAAAAAAGAAGAAUUCCUUUUUUGGAAAUCGAUAGCUUAAAUCAACAGCAAAAUAGGAGCCAAUUUUCAAGAUUUAAAGAUCUUAUUUAUGCAUCAUUUUCAUUCGAAAUCUUUAAAUGUAUCAUAUGACAACGUGUAAAGAUGGUCGAGAAAACGUCAAAACGUUUUGACGUUUCGUAAUACAUACAUAUAUUUGAUGCCGUGUGUGUCAAUUCAAUGGGAAAAACUAAAUUGAUUGCAAAGGUGGUAAAUUUGCUUUUUAAAUAAUGAUUCAAGGUCAAUAAAUGAGUAAAAUUCGUUCUCUUUCACCCCUCUUUGACCCUCUUCGUGCCAUCUGUAAAGCUCUUCCACGACUUUUUUACGGAUUCUGCACGCCUUCCUUUUCGUCUUUACCUUUUUCCUGCUUUAAUGUCUGCUUCACUAAUGUUUUAUCUCUACUUUCCCGCAUUUUCACGCCCGUGUUUUUUUCCUCUUAUUGCUUCACGCGUCCUUUUUUUCGCCCCACUUCAAAUCUCUUUCGCAUCUUUAAACCUCCUUAAAAACCGCCUUUUUGCCAAUAGUAUGUAAAGUCGAAAGUAACGGCAGUUUGUUAACAAAUCCCCUUAUAUACAAUGGACGACUUUUGUACAAACCGAAACCGAAAUAUAUAUAGAAAAUUUCCAUUAUAAUCCCUCUUAGAAAACAAAAUUUGAUUUUGAUACAGGAUUUUUCGCACCUGCUUCCGUUACAUCUUCUUCAUGGGCGAGCACCUCCUUUAUAAAAGCUUCUACCUUUACAGCUCCUAUCAUUACUUCUUUCCUGUACGUCUCACCCCUUCUCGUUCCAUUUAGAUUUCCUUUAUACAUUUUUCACGCCUCCGUAAUUCUUAUUUUCCAACUCUUUUUCACUUCUUUUUCUAAGGUUUCCUUUCUGUACGCUUAUUUCGCUCCAUACGUUAUUUUUAUGUGAUGAUCUCAUCAUUUCUCCCACCCUCAAACCUUUUUGUUCGCGUUUUCUCUAUUUUACGGCUUUUCCGCAUCGCCUUUUUUGUUCCUGCUUUGUUCACAUCUCGUUUUGUCGUCCCAUUCGUUAAAAUUUCUUUCCUUUUUUUACAUCUCUCCCCAUCAUUCAUCAUACUUCUUUAAAGCCUUCGCCACUCGUUCAUUGUGUGAUUCAUAUCAUAUCCCUUAACCCUUAAUAAGUUCGUGUUCUUAAACGAUAUACGAUAUCUGCCACAAGAGAAUAUCCACCAGGCGUCCCUUGUGCGGCAGCCACCUUGAAUUCCAAUAUUUACCUCUUAAACGUCGGAAAUCGGGGUGGGAACAUAGUUUUGAGGGUUCGGCAUAUCCAAAUUAAGAUAAAAAGGCAUGUUACCAACUUUUACAAAGAAAUACCCCUAUCUUCAUCAAUAUCAACAGAUUUGUAAAAUGGUACCGUCUAUAAAAGGCGUCAACUCUUUGGACGUGACAGCUUUCGCGUUUUCAUACCAAAUUUACCUGUAAUUUAUCGUUAGAUUCUAUUAUUGUAAUUUGUGGUAAUUUUUUACGAUCACUUUACUAAUUGGCUUAUUUCAUCGUUAAAUUAAUUUGUUUAAAAACCAUGUUUUCUUCAUGUAUUGUUCUUCUGACACUGUCGACGAUUUACAGUACCUAUUCAAAUCGUUGCCGUCUUUGGAAUGUUGUUGCGGUCAUGUUACUUCCAACACGUUGUUUAACUUAGCCUUUUUGCAUUACCUAUAAACAAAUAAACUAUCCCAUAACAACAUGAACCAGCUAGACAGGAAGGUUUUCCUCGAAACAACGGAAAGAAGAGAAGAGAACUUUUGGUGCAACAAACAAAAACCUUGCAGUCGAAGAUGGACCUGUAGACUUGAGGCUUUGGAAACUUCUGAGCUAUCCACAGAAUGCGGUGCAAGUUCAUAAUAAAGAUGACUUUGUCAAUAUAAAAUACGAUGGAGAAUAUACCAAUCUCGGCCAAUGCAGUUGCUGUCUGUUGAAUUGCCCAAAGGUCCAAACUACGAACUGAUACAUAAAAAAAAUAAAUAAAUGGCCCUAAGUGCGACAAAUAGUUUACAUUAAAGCGUUUAUGAGUGCCCAUCCUUAUAACAAUCGUAUCGUGUUAUCUGAUCAACUUAGGUGCUGUAAAAUGCUUUAAAUUAUCGUAUUUAAGUUAGAGCCACGCCAAUGUAUAUAAAAUUAACGGCAGUGUCUCUACCUCCAUCCGCGCAUUCAAUGGGAAAGGUACGUUUGGAAACAAUCGACAAAAACGGAAUUAUCGUCACUUACGAUCCACGAAAAGGAUUUACCUUCAAUGAAGUUACGGACGACGAUUCGGUCCUCUACGAGUGCAGAUUUAGUAGAGGUCUCGCACGAUUUAAAGUUCACAUCCUGAUGGACGUGAAUCUGUUGACGUACUCAAUUGCGAAACCCUACCUGGAGGAGUUAAGCGGAGGCCACACGGUCGUAGGCGAAAAACUGACACUAAAAUGUACAUUGAAAGUCACUGUGCGAUCCUCAAUGGAAUGGGUUACCCCUGACAGAAAUGGGAUAAGGAGCGGACGCAUAUCAGUUAGUAAAUCAAUUGCCGAUUCAAAUGAAAAGUACCAUCAAAUACUGACCAUUGAGAAAACUAAACCGAUUGAUCAAGGCGAAUACACUUGCAUAGUUAAAGAUCCAAAUCAUGUCAAUAAUAAUACGAGAUAUGUUAGAAUUUUUGACAAAGCUGAACAUUUCAUCAAUUUAACUGAAGAAAAUGGCGUCUAUGAAAUUUCGGUCAGUGCAGGCGAGCCAAGUAUUCAAUGGAGCAUUAACGUCGAGGCCCAUCCUUCCCCGAAGCUCGUAUGGCUUGAUAACCACAACACCGAAAUACAGGCGGGGUGGGCCGAUAACGGAAACAACAAAAAGUACGAGGUGCGAACCGAAAACCACGAAGCGUUUUUAAAAAUUUUCGACAUUACGAUUUUCGAUCGGGGCACCUACCAACUGAAAGCAAUCAAUGAUUAUGAAGAGAAAACCCUCAAUUUAUUCUUGAAUGUCACAGAUAAACCAACCGUGCACAUCGAAACCGACAGUUUCCAUGUCAUCAACCAGCAAAGUAUCAUCAAAUGUAAAGUUGCGGCGUAUCCCGACCCCUCGAUUUAUUGGUACUACCGAAACUGCUUGGAUAACUCUUGCCAAUUUGAACCAAGGAAAGCCACUGGGACCGACACGCAAGGGUUACUGAAAACCUCCUUCCUAAAUUUGACCUCGGAUCAGUCCGGUUUUGUGAUGUGCACAGCCAACAAUUCUAUGGGCUCGGACCGUUCCAUCAUGGGCCAUUUUCUCACAGAUGUCGAUAACGGUUUCGGAAUUUGGGGUUUCGACGAAGAAACGAAAGAAAUUCACAAUGAGAUUCCUCUUUACCCCAUCGCUCGAGGGGAGACUAUCACCAUGUAUUGCGCCGCAUCAAGAUAUAACUACACGGAACAGCUCAAGUGGUACAAAAACAACGGAUCGCACUUCAAUCCAAUUGAAGAGAAUGACCAUUUUAAAAUUGAGAAAAGCUCGACGGAGUUCUCGAACAAACUAACGCUCACCAUACACCAAAUUGGUUUCGAUGAUUCCGGUAACUAUACAUGUCAGGUUAAAGAAAAGUUUAUCACAGAUUCGCCGAAGACUCAGGACAUGUACCAUUAUGAUAACAUCACGUUAUCUAUCAAAGAUCCAUCAUCGCCCCUAAUUACUGACACGAAUCUCAACGGUUCCACGUUUACAAUCGCACUCCCUGACGAGUUCCGACUAUGGUGCUUUGCCGUCGGCAUACCUAAACCCACAAUAACCUGGUACUUGAAUGGGGAGGAGAUCGUUGAAAGGAACACGAAAAGUAGAAUUACGUUCUUCCAAAACGACCACGUGCUUCAAAUUCCGUUCACUCAGGUGGAGGACGAGGGCGAGUACACCUGUCGCGCCAAAAAUAAAAUUGGGGUUGCAGAAAAGAGGAUAUCGCUGCAGUUUAAUAAUAAACCGACGGCUAAUCUAAUUUUCGUGUACGUUAUUGUUGGGAUUAUAUUCUCCUGCCUGGUGGUGUGCAUUUACACCUGCCUCAGGUACAGGAAGGAGAAGAAACUAAGAAGGGAGUUGAAGAGAGCUGGUCUGGCAAAUUUCGAGAAUGGUGCGUUGGAAAGCCUAAACCCUGAGUUGGGUAUAGACGAUCAAGCUGAGCUAUUGCCCUAUGACAAAAAGUAUGAGUUCCCCAGAGAAAAGCUAAAGUUAGGUAAACAACUGGGGUCGGGCGCUUUUGGCGUUGUCAUGAAAGCCGAGGCAACCGGAAUCGUUGAAGGGGAGGAAGUAACCGCAGUUGCAGUAAAGAUGGUCAAGAGAAAUGCGGACUACACGUACAUUAAAGCGCUCGCUUCAGAGUUAAAAAUCAUGGUUCACUUGGGGAAGCAUUUAAACGUCGUUAAUUUGCUAGGAGCGUGCACUAAGAACGUUGCCAAGCGAGAGCUAUUGGUCAUUGUUGAAUUUUGCCGCUUUGGCAACCUCCACAAUUACCUUCUUCGCCACCGCAACAGUUUUGUGAAUCAAAUUGAUAGCAAGACUGGAAAAAUUGACUACACUUACGGCUCUGAGCUACUAGAACGCUCUUUUUCGGUUUCUAGUAACAAAAGCUGUAACUCUCCUAAUGUGAAGUAUGCUGCAUUAACGUUUUCACACAGUGACAACAAUCCCUUACCAAGAGAUAUGGUUGAUUAUCGAGGAAACUGCAACUAUAGUGGAAAUACUGCAGUUACGGACACGACCAUGGUUUCAAUGACACCCACUGGUGGAGAAGACUGCUUAAUGACCGGUAGUAACAGUAACAGUUCACAACCCGAAUGGCGAUCGAAUUACCGCGGUGACUACAAAGGGACGGUCAAGCCGAUCUGCACCAAGGAUCUGAUAACCUGGGCGUUCCAAGUGGCCCGCGGUAUGGAAUAUCUCGCGUCACGAAAGGUGCUUCAUGGUGAUUUAGCAGCCAGAAAUAUUCUGCUGGCGGAGAAUAAUAUUGUCAAAAUUUGUGAUUUUGGACUAGCCAAGAGUAUGUACAAAAGUGAUAAUUACAAAAAGAAAGGGGAUGGACCAUUGCCGGUGAAGUGGAUGGCUGUGGAAUCCAUACGCGACCGUGUCUUCUCGACGCAGUCCGAUAUAUGGUCUUAUGGUAUCGUGCUGUGGGAGUUUUUCUCAUUAGCUCGAACUCCCUACCCUGGCAUGGAGGCGAACGAAAUUUUCUACCAGAAAUUGGCGGAUGGUUAUAGAAUGGACCAACCUGAGUAUGCCACCGAUGAAAUAUACAAAAUGAUGUGCGACUGUUGGCACCCAAAACCCAUUGCUAGACCGACGUUUACAAAGUUAUCCGAAAAAAUUGGCCUAAUGCUCGAAGAUAGCGUCAGACAGCAUUAUGUCGACCUAAACGACCCUUAUUUGGUAAUGAACACUCAACGCAUCGAAGCGGGUCACAGUGACUAUUUGGCAAUGUUGAGUCCACCAGAUUUUGAGCACCUCUCCUCCCCUCACCAUUACGUUAAUGAUGACGUACACCUCAACGGAAACAUUCCUGGUAUGGACACACCUGGAUACUUAUGCAUGAAACCUUCCAGCAUAUUCAGCCCCCGCGAGCAGUGUGAUACAGUUUUCAAUUUUGACGUGGACAAUAGUAAUAGAAAACAUAAAAAUAGUGACACUGAACUAGCGUUGGGCACCGAACUGUUACCGAUGCUUCAUACUCAGAACGAAUCAGACUGUGAAUUAAGUCCCUGUGUCAAAACGCCCACAAGUUUUUCAAAUCCGUCUUAUCAUAUGCCCCCCAUUAUUAUGGAAAAGACUGAUGAAGAUAUUGUGAAAACCGCGGACAAUUACGUCAACAUGCCACAAAACAAAAAUGCCAUGAAAAAUGAAAAAAAUCUUAAAGAAUGCAUUAGUGCCACAAAUGAAAAGGAUGCGAAUCACUACGUUAAUAACAAUACCCGGGAUUGGGAACGAGUGCAGGUUUAAUGUGCGUCUAGAGGGUCUGUGUAUUACAAGUGCAUUUGGUUGUAAUUUAAUGAGGACCCGUUGAUGAGCAUGAAAAGCACGACACUCAUUUAUGAGUAUUAUCAGAACAGUACACAAAUAUUUAGUGCAACAAUAAGAGUACCUGAAAUUGCACGUAAGGACAACAUAUCCAAACAAUAUUAUAUAUUGUGCCAUAUAUCAUCUCAAUAUUUAGUCAUUAGACAUAAUUGUGUGUAUGAAAUAGUGCUUGUAAGCUAGUUCUGUGAUGAAUACCCGACAUUAUGUUCGAUAUGCUCUGCGAAGAGAUUGUGCAGAGUACAUUUAACUAUGUCAAAGCGCCUUUUUAUGUACUUUCAUUAGGUAAACCUAUUUAAUACGACUAAAUCAAUGAACAUAUGAAACAAAUGACCGAAUCGGAAAUCAAUGGCCCCAAGAAGAUAUUGCUGAUCAGCUUUAUCACAAAAUGAUUGAGCAAAGGAAAACAAUACUGAAGAUCUCUAUUAUGUAUAUAAGGAUAAAGUACGAAAUUAGAUUAAGGGAAUAUAAUCGUGUUUUUAUUUAUAUAUUUUAUGUAUAUAAAACCAAUAUAUGACGCAAAAUGUGAUUUUCAUGUUGAAAAUUA